CUCCCCUCAGAGUCAGACCUUAGGCCCUUUCCAUUCCGCUGAGAUCCUUGCGAAGACUUGAUUCGUUCCCAACGAUCAAAUUCUCACACUGAAAUCCCCCCAAAAUUAACAAAAUAAACCAUAUCACUCUAAACUCAUCUUCUUCCUCCUCGAAUCGAUCGAGAAAUGGAAGAGAUCGAGGCAAAGGAGGCGGCCGUUCGCGAGGUCGCCAAGCUCCUCCCGCUUCCUGAGCUCGUCGCCUCCAUCGCUUCCAUCAAAUCCGACUAUCUCUCUCGUCAACAGGCGAAUGAUGCACAAUUGAGCACAAUGGUUGCUGAGCAGGUUGAGCAAGCACAUGCUGGUAUAGAUGCUCUCACUUCAUCUCAGAAGACAAUAAACCAGAUCCGUGAAAACUUUGUGUCCAUUGAAAGGUUGUGCCAAGAGUGUCAAACGCUGAUAGAAAAUCACGACAGGAUAAAACUUCUUAGCAAUGCAAGGAACAACUUGAACACAACACUAAAGGAUGUGGGUGGAAUGAUGUCCAUAUCUGUUGAAGCAGCUGCAGCUCGUGAUUCUUUAAGUGAUGACAGGGAACUAAUUCAUACAUAUGAGAAAUUGACAGCACUUGAUGGUAAGAGGCGGUUUGCACUGGCAGCUGCAGAAUCACACAAAGAGGAGGUUGGCAGGCUAAGAGAAUACUUUGAAGAUGUAGACCGGACAUGGGAGACGUUUGAAAAGACAUUGUGGGGUCAUAUUUCUAACUUCUAUAAGCUCGCCAAAGAAAGUCCACAGACUCUGGUCCGAGCUGUAAGAGUUGUUGAAAUGCAAGAAAUUCUGGAUCAGCAACUAGCUGAAGAGGCGGCUGAGGCAGAGGGAGGGGGCACUAUGGCAUCAAUUGCAAAUCCACGCAGAUCGGCAAAAAAGGGUACAGGUGGUACAGCAACUCCCAAGAAUGUUGUUCAAGAAAAGUUAAAGGGCCAGGGCAAAUGUUUUAAAGAUAAGUGCUAUGAGUAUAUCAGGAAAACUGUUGAGGCCCGUUUUGACAAGUUGCUUAAGGAGUUUGUGUUUGAGGAUCUAAAAGCUGCUCUAGAAGAAGCUAGAGAGAUCGCUAAUGAGCUUGGAGAUAUUUAUGACUAUGUCGCUCCUUGUUUUCCGCCGAGGUAUGAGAUUUUUCAGCUGAUGGUUAAUCUAUAUACUGAAAGAUUUAUUCAAAUGCUUAGGCAGCUCAGCGACAGAGCUGAUAAGUUGACAAAUUUAGAAAUAUUAAAGGUCACUGGGUGGGUUGUUGAAUACCAAGAAAAUCUGAUUAGCCUAGGCGUUGAUGAUGCUUUAGCUCAAGUUUGUUCUGAAAGUGGCUCAAUGGAUCCACUUAUGAAUGCUUAUGUUGAAAGGAUGCAAGAAACACUCAAGAAAUGGUAUACAAAUAUCCUGGAGGCUGACAAGGUACAACCACCGAAGAAAACAGAAGAUGGCAGACUAUACACUCCAGCAGCUGUUGACCUUUUUAGAAUUUUAACAGAGCAGGUGCAGAUUGUACGGGAUAACAGCACCGAUGUCAUGCUGUACAGAACUGCUCUUUCACUAAUUCAGGUAAUGAUCGAUUUUCAGGCAGCUCAAAGACACAGGCUUGAGGAACCUGCUUCUGAGAUUGGUUUGGAACCUCUUUGUGCCAUGAUCAAUAACAAUCUGCGCUGCUAUGAGCUUUCAACGGAGCUUAGUAACAGCACACUUGAAUCUCUUCCACAAAAUUAUGCUGAGCAGAUUAAUUUUGAAGAUACUUGCAAAGGAUUCCUGGAGGUUGCAAAGGAAGCCAUCCAUCAGACUGUUAAUGUUAUAUUUGAAGACCCUGGUGUACAAGAUUUGCUGGUUAAAAUUUACCAGAAAGAUUGGUAUGAAGGACUGGUCACCGAGUAUCUUGUUGCUACGUUCGCUGACUAUUAUUUGGAUGUAAAGGGGUACAUUGAAGAAAGGUCAUUCAAAAGGUUUGUGGAAGCCUGUCUAGAAGAGACAAUUGUUGUUUAUGUAGAUCAUCUUCUCACACAGAGAAAUUACAUUAAGGAGGAAACCAUUGAGCGCAUGAGGCUUGAUGAAGAGGUAUUGCUGGAUUUCUUCAGGGAGUACAUCAGUGUAAAUAAAGUUGAAAGCAGAGUGCGUAUUCUAAGUGAUCUGAGGGAGUUAGCGUCAGCUGAGAGCCUGGAUGUCUUCACUCUCAUCUAUACAAAUAUUCUGGAACACCAACCAGAUUGCCCACCUGAGGUGGUUGAGAAACUUGUCGGAUUGCGAGAGGGUAUACCACGAAAGGAUGCAAAAGAGGUGGUGCAAGAGUGUAAAGACAUAUAUGAAAAUUCUCUUGUAGACGGUAACCCUGCGAAGACGGGUUUUGUCUUUGGAAAAUUAAAGUCACUUGCUGCUUCCAAAAACUAUAUAUGGAAGAAACUUGGCCAUUGAAAAAUCUAAUGCGGGAUCUCUGUUUGCAACUGGAAACUCCCAACAAUAUUUGCUUGUUAUCUGGAGAAUCCCAAUGGAUUCACAAAUUUAAAUGGUUUAUGUAAUAUCGAUCACUUCGGUUUGCAACUUCAUUUUUAUUUUUUUUAUUUUUUGGACAUUUUGGUCAAGAUCCUGUUGUAAAGAUAGAAGCUCGUAGGAAAUUUGUACUGAUUCUUUAUAUGAGGAGAGUUCUAAAAGACGCUAUUGGAUUUUGGAGAAUUUUAUGGGACCCUGACGAUGAUAAUUUAACUAAUAUGACCUGAAGCUUGAAGCUCUCAGGGUUUGUUACUUCAA